UGUUAUGAGUUCUUGAACUCGAAAUAUUUGUUUAUCAAUUUAAAAUUUUUACUAAUACCUAUAAAAUUUCUUCAAAUCCAAUUGUUUCCUAAAAUUUCGUUAUGAGGCUUAUUUCCAGAAGCGGUGUUUUGUAUCACGUCUCCAAAGUAUUCACUAAUCCGGUUAGUAGGAGUCGUGUACAAAAUGUUAUUCGGUUUCGCCAGUACAUGACUGUUAUUUCUAAUAAGCGACUCCUGGCCAAAUAUCCUACGAGUCUAGUUUCCUUCACUUGCUUGGAAUAUUCAACUGACAGUAAGAAACAAUUCCUAAAUUUUGAAAAGAAAUCUGAAGCAUUGAAAGAUGUUCUUGAGCACAAGAAAGAACAAUUAAAAGAUACAGAGCAAAGAAUAAGGCAAAAAGGUGAAGAGAUAGUAAGAGACAUAAAGCACCAGAAAGAAGUCACUGGUCAAAAAUUAAGAGUGAAGAAGGAACAUUUAAUUAAAGAUAUUUUAGAAACAAAAGCUAAGGUCAAAGAAAGAUUGGAAGAAGUUGUUGAGAGGGAAAAUGUGUUUACUGUUCCAAAUGUUUUAUGUGUUGCAAGAAUAGCCAUGUCUCCUUAUUUAGGAUAUGUAAUUUUACAAGACAACUAUACAUUGGCUAUGGGUUUAUUAGUAUUUGCUGGAGUAACAGACUUGCUGGAUGGAUGGAUAGCAAGGACAUGGAAGAGUCAAUCAUCAAAAAUGGGGUCAUUUCUCGACCCCAUGGCUGAUAAAGUGCUCAUAGCCACACUCUUUGUCUCGCUUACCUGGCAGAACCUGAUACCACUGAGCCUGACUCUCCUCAUCGUGGGUAGAGAUGCUGCACUGGUUGCCGCUGGUUUCGUCAUCAGAUACAUGAGUUUACCCCCACCAAGAACACUCAGCAGAUAUUUUGAUGUAACACAUGCAACAGCGCAACUAGCACCUACAACCAUAAGCAAAUUCAACACAGCCAUACAACUGUUACUGGUUGGCACAACCUUAGCAUCUCCUGUGUUUGGAUACGUAGACCACCCCACCCUACACGCCCUGUGUGGCAUCACAGCUGUCUCUACAGUCGUAUCUGCAAUUAGCUAUUUAGUCAGUAAGGAUACCUACAAGUUUUUGAAGAAAAAAUUGUAAACCAUGUGAUUUUUUGAUUUUCUUCUCAAUUUUAUUUAGACGCACACAAUAGUCUUCCAAAAAAGAAACUGUAUUGUAUAGCCAUGGGUUUAGUGAAAACAAUAAAAUCUGUACAAAUGUAAAUAAUAAUUAAAUGUUUAUUUAUUUGAAUUGACAUUUGAAAACCCCACUCAAUCCCUAUCUUUAGUCCAUAAACACACACUAUUUUUAUAUAAAUAAAUUAUUUAUUGAUUACUCAAUUAGUACAAUCAUGUUUAUUUAUGUUGUUCACCAAACAAACAAUAUUUUCAUACCUAACUAGUGACCUAGUAAAUAUGAGGAAACUCAUUGGCCUUGUGUUAUUUAAUUGGGUAUUUUAUCGGUACAUGCAUGCAUAAUAUAAUAAAUUAAUAUAAAACAUACAAAUGGAAUCAAUUUAUUAUUCAUUCUAUUCACAUGAAUAAAUUGUAGGUAAUUCAUCACAUGAAAAGGUACACAAAUUUAAAAAAAAGUAAUAUAAUUACAAAUUAUACUUACACUAACAAAAAUAUACUGAUAUAUUCAUAAAAUUGUUAUUCUGAUAAGCCAUUAUUU